AUGAAAACAAUCUGCGACAGCAAAUGGUUCGUGCAAAUCUGUUUGCUGCUGGUCCUGGUCGUCCUGCCCACCUGUCACCUCCUGCGGGCCGAGAGCCAGGUGGUGGGCGACAUCGAGCUGCAGGACGACGGGGAGGCGGCCCCUCAUCACCACAGUCGCAGUCGCAGUGGCAGGAGCAAUGGCAAUAGCCAUCAUCCUGGCUGCCAGCACUUCCAUCAUCGUCAGCACCACCGCGGGAAGCACGGCCGGAAGCACAGACAGAGCCAUUACGAGAUGCUCGAGCUGGAGGAGCGGCGGCAGCAGCUGGGCAAACAGUGGCACCAGUGGGUGAACCACCUGCAGUCGCCGGACUACGCCAGCGAUGAUCCAUCGCCGGAUGGCAGGCAUCAGUACCCAUCGCGAGCUAAUGGAGGCCUGUCGGAGGACCUUUUCGACGUGGAGGACUACCAGCGGUAUGCUAAUAUUGACCUGGCAUCGCCGCGCUCCGGGCGCCAUCGCGGGCGCCACCUGCCGCUGAACAACCUGAACCUGAACCUGGUGCUGCCGAUGGUCUCGGCGGACGGGAGCGGCAAGUUCCUGAGAUCCCUGCCGGACUCGGUGAGCUUCCAGAACGACCGCCUGUACGCCACCCAGCCGCAGAGGCACUGGCCCGUCAAGCGGGAGGCCAUCGUGGAGGGCGACGUGAUCCUCGGCGGCCUGAUGAUGGUGCACUCGCGGGAGGACAGCAUCACCUGUGGCCCCAUCAUGCCCCAGGGCGGUAUCCAGGCCCUGGAGGCCAUGCUCUUUACGAUCGACAGGAUAAACCGGGAGCAGUUGCUGCCCAACAUCACCCUGGGCGCCCACAUCCUCGACGACUGCGACAAGGACUCGUACGGCCUUGAAAUGGCGGUGGAUUUUAUCAAAGGAUCCAUCAGCAAUAUUGACGACGCGGAAUAUCAUUGCAACAAGACGCAAGUGCGAAAGGUCAUAUCGGGGGUGGUGGGCGCCGCCUCCUCAGUCACAUCUAUUCAAGUUGCCAAUUUAUUGCGGUUGUUCCGAAUUCCCCAGGUGUCCUACUUUUCCACAAGCCCCGAGCUGAGCAACAAACAGCGGUUCGAGUACUUCUCCCGCACGAUACCCUCGGACCACUACCAGGUGAAGGCCAUGGUGGAGAUCGUCAAGCGGAUGGGCUGGAGCUACGUCUCCAUCAUCUACGAGGAGAGCAAUUACGGCAUCAAGGCUUUCGAGGAACUGGAGGAGCUCCUGGCACGCCAUAACAUUUGUAUUGCCAUCAAGGAGAAGCUGGUAAAGGAUUCGGGAGUGGCCGAGGACAUCGCGUACGAUAAUAUAGUGCAGAAGCUGCUGACGAAGCCGCGGGCCAGAGGGGCCAUUAUCUUUGGCUCGGAUCAGGAGGUGCGGCAAGUGAUGCGGGCUGUGCGGCGGGCGAACGCCACUGGUUCCUUCUCCUGGAUCGGAUCCGACGGCUGGAGUGCCCGGAACUUGGUGUCGGACGACUACGAGCCGGAGGUGGAAGGCACGCUGUCUGUGCAGCCGCAGGCGAACCCAGUGCGCGGUUUCGAGGAGUAUUUCCUCAGUCUGACGGUGGAGAAUAACCAACGCAAUCCCUGGUUUGUGGAAUUCUGGGAGGAUCACUUUCAGUGCCGGUAUCCCGGCAGCACCAGCACUCCCUACAACAACUACACCAAGCAGUGCACCAAAAAGGAGCGACUUUCCAGGCAGAACAUGGACUUCGAGGACCAGUUGCAGUUCGUCAGCGAUGCGGUCAUGGCAUUUGCCUAUGCCCUAAGGGACAUGCACCGCGACUUGUGCGGCGGAGGUCCUUCGCUCUGCGAGGCCAUGAAGCCGACGAAAGGCGCAGAUUUGCUCAAAUAUUUGCGCAAAGUGGAGUUCGAGGGCCUCAGCGGCGACGAGUUCCGCUUCGACGGGAACGGCGAUGGUCCGGCCCGGUACAACAUCAUCCACUUCAAGCAGUCGCAGGCCGGCCAGUACCACUGGGUCAAGGUGGGCGAGUACACCGAGGGCGAGCUGCGCCUCAAUAUGUCGGAGGUGAAGUUCAAGCGCCUGAGUCCCAAGCCGCCCGAGUCCGUCUGCAGCCUGCCCUGUUUGGUGGGCCAGGCCAAGAAGUACGUGGAGGGCGAGAGCUGCUGCUGGCACUGCUUCAAUUGCACAACCUAUCAAAUCCGCCACCCGGACGACGAGACCCACUGCAAGCUGUGCAAGCUGGGCACGCUCCCUGACGCCCACAAGCAGUACUGCCGCCCCAUCCCGGAGAUAUAUUUGCGGCCCGAGUCCGCCUGGGCCAUUGGGGCCAUGGCGUUUAGUGCGACCGGCAUCCUGGUAACGCUGUUUGUCAUGGGCGUGUUCGUCAGGCACAACGACACGCCCAUCGUGCGCGCAUCGGGGCGGGAGCUGAGCUACAUCCUCCUGGCGGGGAUUUUCCUGUGCUACGGCGUCACCUUCGCCCUGGUCCUGAAGCCCACCAACAUAGUGUGUGCCAUUCAGCGGUUCGGUGUGGGCUUCUGCUUCACGGUCGUCUACGCUGCACUGUUGACCAAAACGAAUCGCAUUGCACGGAUCUUCAAAGCGGGCAAACAGUCCGCCAAGCGGCCCUCCUUCAUUAGUCCCAAGUCCCAGCUGGUAAUCUGUGCGUGCCUGGUUAGUGUGCAGAUACUCAUCAACGGCGUUUGGAUGGUAAUUGCGCCAUCACAUGCCAUGCAUCAUUAUCCCACACGCGAGGAUAAUCUGCUCGUCUGCGACUCGUACAUCGACGCCUCCUACAUGAUUGCGUUCUCGUAUCCAAUCGUCCUGAUUGUAAUUUGCACGGUCUACGCGGUGCUCACGCGAAAGAUUCCGGAGGCCUUCAACGAGUCGAAGCACAUUGGCUUCACCAUGUACACCACCUGUGUGAUUUGGCUGGCCUUCGUACCGCUCUACUUUGGCACCGCGAACCACGUACCGCUGCGCAUCACCAGCAUGUCGGUGACCAUCAGCUUGUCCGCCAGCGUGACCAUCGCCUGUCUCUUUUCGCCCAAGCUGUACAUAAUACUCAUACGCCCCGAGCGCAACGUGCGACAGAGCAUGAUGCCUCCGCGAUACGGCAACAUGCACCGCACCGCCGGCACGGGACCCUCCUCCAUGAUGGCCGCCGCCGUGGUGACCGCUGCCACCUGUGCCCAGGAGGAGAAGAUCCAGAAGCAUAUCACACCCACAAACACCGAAAACUCGCUAAAGACGAAGAAGUUGUGCGAGAUGGCCACUCAGACUAUAUCCAGCAUUAUCACGUCGAUGGACAUCAACGCGUACAAUCAGAUACCAUACGCCGAUCAAUAUGUGCCGAACAAUACCACGACGGGCACGACCACGCCCACUGAGAAGGCCAGUGGCAACGGCAACAGCAACAGCCACUCCAAUGGAAGUAGCAAUGGCAAUGGCAACGGCAGUGGCAGUGGCGCUGGCGACGGGGCAUCAGAGCAAGUGGUGGCCAACAAUAACAAAAUCAAUCAGCGGCAACAUGGCCAGCCGGCCGUGGCAUUUGCCAUCACAACGGCUAACAAUCACAUAAGCGGCCCAGCAGCAACCGAAACGACAACAGCGGCAACUGGCGAAACAACAACAGAGGCGCUGGUGGCCACAAUAACAGCUCCUCCGGUGGUCGGGGAUGUCACCGAAGCCGCAUCCGUGGCAGCCAACAAUGGCCAGGGAAACGGUAGCCAGCGGCCGCCUGUUUUGCAAACAAACUUAUAGCUAAACGCACAACAGUUGCAGCAGCAGUUGCUGAAGGAGCAGCAGCGACAACAAGCGGAGCUGCAGCAGCAGCAGCAGCAGCGACCUGCAACACAAAGCUCUUCCAGCGACACUGGCAGCACUGGCAGCGGCACCGGCAGUGCGGCCAGGAAACGCGCCGCAAUUCCCGUUUAAGCUGCUAUCAGAGAUUAGAGGUCCCUGCAAAGAUACGUAAGUAGAGGAGGGUGUCUGCUGACCUAAGCUUUUGCAUGGGUCAUGGGGCAGAAAAGCAGACGGAGGCCUGCAAGUACAGGCAGCUGUGCCACAGAAAUAUCUUCACAUCUCUUAAAAAGUAAGAAAUCUUAAAUGUGUCGGUUUUGUAUUAAUUCAUUUAAUUCAGAGGUCACCGAAGUCAAUCAUUCAUAAAAGUUCGUUUGACAUUCAAUUCGAGCUCAUCGUUGGUUUUAUUAUUUUAAUAUCUACAAUACCACGACUUUUAAUUUGCCAUAUCACCAGAAACACAUUUAUUAAACUCAUUACUAUUGAAAGUUCCUAAGUUAAUAUUGAAAGUAGAGUUAUUGAAGAUAUUUCUGUGACUGCAAAGAUAACUUCAGAUUUUAAAAGACCCAUAAAGGCCAGGCUAUAAGGCCAGAAUGAAUUGAAGCAAUGUCCCAAAGAAAGUCGCUCUAUCGAAAACCUUUCGCAACUCUUCCCAAUACCGAGUGCGUUUUUCCGUUUUACACUUCAGCACAAAACCUAAUGGUAUAUUUGUAAGUAACUUGUCAUCCCUAAACUAAUAAUAAGUGUUUAAGUCCUAAGCUUAUCUAGUUUUCUAAGCGUUGUUUCAAAGCGUUCCGAAAGAAACAAAAAAAAUGAAAAUGUGAUAUAAUUUCAAAAAUGUGUUUCUACAACCGAAGCAAGCUAGCGAUCUAUCUGAGUAGUACACGUAAUUUGUAGGAUAAGAGAGGCAAAACCUGUACAGUGAGCACUGGGUAAAGACGGAUUUUUUCGAGGGCGCAAUUAUGUUCCAAAAGGGCUGGGAUCCAGCCCCUUUGCAAUGUAGCAGCUAGGUAGAACAAUUACAAUUGCAUUUAUUGUGUUGUUUGAGCCCAUCAACAUGGUAGAUUUAAUUGUUGUCCAACUAAGAUGUAAAUAUAGGACCUUAAAAGUAUGGGAGAUUCUUCUAGUCGUAGUGAUAACUUGAUGUGAAUACAGAUUAACGUUAAUGUGUGCAGCUUACGACUUUAAAUGUGCUAUCUUUAAAAUGCAUAGUUAAAUAUUUGUUAUAGAGCGCAAGUAAUGCAAAUCUUGUCUAGCCAAAUCAUGGGUACAAAUAAUAGCGAAAUAUACUCGUUUUCCGUGUCAGUGUUCAGUGUAAAUAGUCGUUAAUGGAUACCCAUGGA